AUGGUGACUGCGGCGACUGUGCCGCCGAAGCCAACCCAGGCCACCACCGCGCUGGCCAAAAUGACGCAGUCAAGGCUUCCACCACCGGCGGCCAGCAGAGGACGCCAGGAGGGCGUGGUGGAGGACGUGACGGAGGAGGAGGACCUUCGCAAUAUCUUGAAAAAAGUGUUGGUCGCACAGAAGCGGGAUCAGGAAGCUCGUCAGGCAGACUCUCAGGAGAUUUGGCGGGCUAUUCGGAAUCAGGAAGCACGUCAGGCAGACUCGCAGGAGGUUUGGAAGGCUAUUGUCGAGCUGAGAGAGUUCGUGAUGCAGCGACAGGGGCAACUGCCGAGCCAGGAGGAGCUGCGCGGUGCCGGCGGUGACCGAGCCGGCGGGGCGAUGGUGGACGACGAGGGUGCAGGGGUCGUGGUUGCUGAGGAAGCGGCGGUGUCCGCGGGAUCUUCACUGGCUGGGGGCGGCGGCGCGGCGCCGGCUGGGGUGACGCGGCCAAGGUUUGGCUCGUCCGGGCCCAACAUCGAAGCAGGCAUGUUACCCACCCCCACGACCCAAGAGCUGGCGGACCGCAAUGGUAAGGCCAAGAUGCCUGGCUACAACACAGACGGGCCUCUGACGACUGAUGGGCUGGAGACGGUCGGGAGAUUUGCGAGGGAUGGCAAUGGGCUUGGAUGGCUGGGCCUCGAUGAUGAGGCCGAAGAUGACGGGCUCAGCUUGGUGGACCGACGGGCCGACCCAGUCGUGGACCAGAGGAGUGGCGGAUCGGGCCGGACGGUUGACCUAACCGGCCGGAUGGGGUCUGCUCCUAUGGAGCCGACCGAGACUGGGGGGACCGAACCGAGUCAACCCGAAGGCGGGAGGACCGAGGCGGGUCAAAUCGAAGGUGGGCGGACCAAACCAGGUCGUGCCGGAGUGGGUCGAACUGGGCAUGGAUGGACCAAUUUGGGUCGGCCCAAGGUGGGUCAAACCGGGCAUCGACCCAACCCAACUCACCAGCCCCCGGGUAGAGCGUACAGCAAGAGGUCCGCGUGCUAG